AUGUAAUUAUUUUAUUAUGAUGUUCUAAAAAUCUUGUCUUUUCUAACAUCUAAAAAUUUAAUAACCAAGAGUGAAAAGGAGGAAAUAAAAAGUAAUUUCAUAUUAAAUAUAUAAGAUUUGGUUUUAAAAAAUGAGUCUAAGUUUUUAGAGAAGCUUCACUCUAUUUAUAAUUCUGAAAGUGCUAACAAAGAGUUACUUAUAAAAAAUGAAAUGAUAAGGUAUACGAUGUCAUCAAAACAGAAAUAAAGAGGCAAUUCAAGAAAUAAGAAAAUGAAAAUCAUAACUGAAGAAACAGAGGAACUAGAAGAGGAUUUAAUCAAGGUGUAACAAUAAAAGCAUCGAUUAGAGAAGAAACUUUUUUGA